AUUCGUCGCGACGCGAUUUCAUAAUCAAAAUUGUUGUCAAACAAAUGUUCGGAUUUUCGGUGAUACAGGUAUUAUGUAGGACGUGUGAAUAAAUUUCCUUUAACAUGAAUAAAGCGUUAUUAUACCUGGAAUAAUUAAAAUCUCGAAAUUGAUUAUGUCUCAACACGGUGCUGCGCUUCAAACCUAUAAUCAAGAACUUGUGAAAUGUCUUGAAGAGAUGAAGUUACGACGGGCGGAAUUACAGAUGCAAAUUGACUCCCAGGAGGAGGAAAAGAACAAUCUUCAGAGGGAGAUAGAAAAGAUGUCGUACAAAUUAACACAGUUGAACGAAAGUUUGGCAAAAAGAAUAGCAGCCAGAAAUGAUUAUGAUCGAACAAUUGCCGAAACUGAAUCGGCUUACAUGAAGAUUUUGGAAAGUUCUCAAUUGUUACUCAAUAUGCUCAAAAGAGAGGCGACGUGUUUAGACCAGAGCCUUCUAAAAGCUAACACCGAUAAGUGACAAUAACUAAUUGCUUAAAACAAUGGGGUAAAGUUAAAUAUACAUACUUUAAAAUUUAUUUAUUUAAAUAUAUCAAACAUCUCUUAGUGCACUUGAAAUAAGUGUAAAAAUGAAGGGAACAAAAACAAAAUAAUUUAUGGGAAUAACUACCCAACUGAAAACGUUACAAGGAUCUAAGAUAGUUAUUAAUAUACACCAAGUACAAAACUGUAAAUAUAUGUGAAUGUAAAUUAUCUUAAUACCAUAUUGAUGGCUUAUUGAUCAUCCGAUUUUUAAACUUUAUAAAUAUUUUAUUCUCGACAACGUUUUACAAAUAUUUAAGUAGGUAGUACGAGUCUUUAACUUGACUGUACAAAGCUGAUUAACGCGUGUCCGUCUAAAAGAGUAUCAAAGUUUAUAAAGUUAAUAAACACGAUUUUCUAAUAUAGUAACACCACUCGUAUUCAACUACAAAGUAUUGGUCUUAGGGCCUGUCGUACAAUUAGAGCAAUUUAUUCCAUGUCAUACUAAAGAAUGUACAUGAGGAUAAAGUGUGUAAUGAUAAUGUAACGGCGCAAUUAUAGGAAAUCUACUUAUUUUACAACUUUAAGAUAAUAUAAAAUUUAGUGAUGUGUAAUAAAGCAAAACACAUUUAUUUUUUGCGAAUUCAAAUCCUCCAAUUUAAUUCUAAAGUUGAAAAAUAAUAAUUUUUUGUUCAGUGUUUGAUUAUCUUAAGAUUACUAACUUCAAGCUCGUAGAAUAUAUAAUGUUCAGUAUUAGAGCAUUUUCAAGGUCCACUUUCUUUCCAUAAAUAGACACAAUACAAGUUUU